AUGGUCAACAUAAUGAAGUCCUCUUUGCCAUUCUGGGAGUUGCUUGUUGCAUUCGUACUGGUAUCCACAGUUGUGACAGAGGGUCUAAUUGAAAGUGUUGUUAGCCUUGAACUAAUACCAAUGGCUAAUUGGCGUAUUAAAGAAAGAAGAAAGACCUACCCUGGGUCCUGCUGGCCCAUCUCGUACAGCCCACACUGCAGAGCCCCAGACAAGACAAUUCGAACAGCGCCACGCUUGUCUCUCCCAGUCAGCCAGGGUCCCUCCUCCACCUCCAUAGCCAGCUGCUGCGCCAGUGUCUGGUGUGCCUCUGCCCGCAGGAGUACCACUUCGACCAGUUGGGCUGGGGCUUCGAAGGCGACGUUUCCUCUUGCUUCUCUCUCCACGGCCCAUGGGGGUCUCUGUACCGUCUGGGACAUCGAAAUAGCCACCAGAGCCUUGUCGGGAUAG